GCAGGAGGGCGAGAUUGGCGUACAGGAGAGACGCUCUGAACACAAAGUAACCAUUUUGUAAAUUUUUAUUCCCAAAGGAAACUUGGUGGUACAAAAGGAUUUGUGAAGGAAGGCUCACUGCUAGUAGUGUAGUGGAGAAAAAUAGAAGGUUUUUUUGUUAAAAUUUCUGGUCAUGGCUCCAUCUGCAAGCACAUCAAAAGUUGCUAGAUCUAUAGCCUUAAGGAUGAAGGCGGUGCAGAUGAAACGUUGUAGAAAAACCGUCUCUGAACCACCUAUUACUUCUCCAAAUCGUAAACCUACUACCCCCAAAAAGGCUGCAGCAAGACUGAUAGAAGCCAACAAGGCUACCUCUCCUAGGAGAAGUCCGCGAAAACAUAAAGCUACUCAGUCCAGCAAGGAUGUGUCCUCUAGGAGACGUAUGGCACCUCCUAAAGCAGUAAAUUCCAAGGUGGCUGUGGCAGCAAAGAAGUCGUCGUCCGGUCGUAAGUCUGCAAAGAGCAAGUCAUCCGAGGAUUCUGAUGAUGAUGACAACAUCACUGGUGGAUUGAGGUUGCUUAAGCGAGGGAUGGUAAGCAUGAAUAAAAUUACUAGGCGACUGAUUCGAGGAAAGAAGCUAAAGGUGAAUUCUAAUGCUGAUGGGGAGCCAAUUGGGAAGGCAGCUAAGGAGAUGCAGUCAUACAUUGGGGUGUUAGCACGCACCAAGAUCCCAAUAUCUAUAAAUGAUUGGAGAAAUGUGCCUUUGGAUGAAAAAGACAAGAUUUGGAAUAGUAUUCAGGAUGCUUAUGUGGUGCCAAAAGAAUGGAAGAAAUUGGUGAUUACAUCAGCCGGCCACAAAUGGAGAGAGUUCAAGAGCAAACUAACGAACUGGUACAUUAUUCCCUAUCUGGAUUCUCCUGAACUUUUAAAGUUCCCUCCAGAUGAUUAUCGAUCCAUUGAGGUAGAUGAAUGGAAUACGUUCGUGGCUGAUAGAACUUCAGAACAAUUUCAGGUACUCCGUGAAAAGCAGAAAAUAAAGAGGAAGGAGAAUAAGUAUCCUCAUCGAUUGUCACGGAAAGGAUAUGCUAACUUCCAAGAAGAAUUGGCUGAAAAAAUACCGAUUGAAGAAUUGGAUCGUGCUACGAUGUGGAUAAAGGCCCGGCAAGACAAGAGCGGCAACUUCAAAGGGCCAGCAGUGAAGAAGAAGGUCGAAAAAAUUGAAAGUUUGAAGAGGAAAGUGUCUGAAGGAGAAAUCAACCCUGAAGGAACAGAUGAUGUUCUGACUUUGGCGUUGGGAAAUCCUGAGUAUCCUGGUAGGGUACGCGGUGUUGGUGGCUUCGUCAAGCCUUCCGCAUAUUUUCAUCUACCUAAACGCCCAAUGCUAAAUGUAGAAGAUAGUGUUAGGGUAAGUGUUAAGAAGAUACUAGCAGAAGAGAAAGAAAAUAUCAUUGCUCAGGAAAGAGCCAAAUGGGAGUUGGAGAUGGAGCGACAAAUUGCUAGGGAAAGAGCUGCUUGGGAGGAAAGAUUUCAGAAGUUAGAAGCGAUGGUUAAGGGAAAAGAGAUGCCAGCUGACUCACCCAAACCUGUGACACCGCUGAAUGAUUUAGGCUCUGGUCAGGGCAGCUGUUCAAGGCUACUUGAACAGGCUGGUUUGAAAGCUAUUGAAAUUCAAGCCGCCAAAACUGCCAAGAAGAAGUUAGUUUUAGGGGAGGACCAGCAGAAAGUAGUUGAAGAGAAUGAAGUCUUUGUGGAUGGGGAGCUGAACAUCAAACUAACCUCGAUUAUUGAGGAGGAGGUUAGGAAUGAUUUAACUCCAAAAAAAAAUGCAGUUGUGGAGCAAGUGCAAGUGCCGGUUCAGUCCACCAAUAUUGUCCAGUCAGGGUGUAAACUUGCGAUAGAUUCAUUGGACAACAUAGUGGCUGAAGGAACGAUCAUUGAAGUGGAUGUUGAGUCCAGCAAGCAAACCAUCCAUGGUGUUCCAUUGGUUGAGGAAAAUGUCCGAGUGUCGAUCACCAAAUCUAUUGUUGCCAAUGCUUUGCUACCAAUUCCUAUUAAGGAUGAGAUUCUGUUUGUCCGCGAUGCAAUUGGUACAUGCAUUGCUUGGCCUAGAGACUGGGUUAUACCCACUGCAGCUGAUGCAAAGCAACAAAAGCAUAAAAUUGUGAGGAGGAAAAAGAAGGAUACAUAUGAUGAUUUUUUUGAUCAUGAUGAUUUGGACAAGCUGCCACCCAAUUUGCCUCCACCACUUAAGACGUUGGCCACAUGGGCUAAUGAUAACUUAAAGGAUGGGAUCACCAUCCACACAACCUUAGGCGAGGAAUUAUUUGGAUAUCGAAAGAAGGUCGCCAUCUUCAGAAGGGAUGUGUAUGCCAUGACCAACAUGGAGGAGGUUUCUGCCGGCUGCGUUGUGAUGUAUAUGAGCUUCCUUUAUCAAGUGUUGAAGAAAUCGAAGAUGCUUGACAUGAUUGGCUUCGUAGAUCCUGCUAAUACUGGUGUCAUUGGCUGUGGAAAUCCGACUGAACGGGCUCGUUCGUUGUCAGUUUCUUAUGAAAGAGGGAAGCCUGGUCAGAUUUUUUUGGUCCCCUAUAAUUCAGGCUGUCAUUGGAUGUUGACGGUGGCGAACCCCACUGAAGAAGUUGUGUAUUUUAUGGAUCCGCUAAAGAGGCGACUCAUCACCGGUGAAUGGAGAACUAUUGUGGACAACUCCAUCAAAAUAUUCAAUGCCCAAAAACAUAGGAAAGGCCGAAAGACUGUUCAAUGGAAAAACUGUGCAGGCAUUCCGGAGCAGAUGGGUGAUAAGACUUGUGGAUAUUGGAUUAUGCAUUACAUGAGGGAUAUAGUAGAGGACAAAAACCAAGAGUGGAGUGCUAAGUGGGAAAGAAAAGCAAAUCACUAUUACACAAUGGAGAAUGUUGAUGUUGUCCGGGCAGAGUGGGCAAAGUAUGUUAUGAAGUUCAGAGAUAACUAGUGCAUGUGUAGGUUUAUUAACUAGUGCAUCAACUUUUGGACAUGGAUAGUUGAUAUAUAUAUAUAUAUAUAUAUAUAGGCCAGAUUUUGAUUGCAGUACUGCUAGCUAUUUUGCUUGUUGUUUAGUUGGUUGCCCACAUUGUGUUGUGCUUCUGGUUUAUUAGCAAGCAGUACUGCAUGCAUAUAUUUUGGUGGCUGCCCAGUUUAGUAUAUAUGGGCUGUUUAGAACUGUGAUGUUGAUGAUUAGGUUCUGAUGUUGAUGAUUAGAACUAUGUACCUGAGACAAUGGUAGAACUGAUGUUGAUGAUUAGAACUGUGAUGUUGAUGAUUAGGUUCUGAUGUUGAUGAUUAGAACUAUGUACC